GUAUGGCGGUGCAGAGCACCACUGCUUCAACAAGUGGACUCGGACAAACUAAUCAUCCCGCUACCACCACAAGUGCCACUGAGGAAGACAGUCCUGAGGUCAUUCUGAGCCUGGUUUGGUCUACCGGGCACUUCGGCGCUGCCUACUACGACAGUAGUACGCUGAAAAUACACCUUAUCGCCGACCAGCUUGACGCGGCUCCAAAACACUCACUGGUAUUUUUAGUCCUCCAAGAAGUCAAGCCUACCCGUGUGCUCCUUAGUGCCAGAUGUGAUGACAAACUUGUCCGGGCCAUAGUGAACUUCUUAUCCCCAUCCGACGAUGCCUCGUCCGAAGCCUCCACCCUCAACAAAGAUGUUGUUCGCAUCCUGCCUUAUAAGGACUUUGCGUACGAAACCAGCAGGCACCGUUUGAUCCACCUGCCACUACCCAACAUCCCAGAGGGACUUCCAGACGAAAAUCGUUUCGUCUACAUGUCGUCUCUUGUCGACUUCACCGCUGUUUUAAUGGUGAGGGCAGCUGGUGGUCUGCUCAACUUUCUCGACCAGAACAAGCGCAACUGCUUGGACGGUUCUCAGGACUGUCACGUGAUUCGGGGGCUGGUCUUGAGUGACUUGAAAGAUCGUGUUCGAAUGACACGGACAGCUUUUGGGGGCCUCCAUAUCUUCAAGGAGGAAUGGCAUCCCUCCGUCUUUAAGUGUGGCAUCUCCAAAAAGGAGGGUCUCUCUUUGUUCGGUCUCUUCAACCAGUGCAAGUCCAAGGUUGGAGAGAAGGAACUCAGAAAACUGCUCUGCCGGCCGACGAAGGACGUGGACAAACUACGUUCUCGUCAAGACUCGAUUGCCUAUUUCUUGACUCCCCAAAACCAGCUGGUCAUGGGGUCCCUUCGGCAGUGCCUGUCACACGUGCGGGACCUAACGAACAUUCUCAUGCGAAUGUCUGUGGCAGCCAUCACUGUGACCCAGUGGAAAACAUUCUACAAGGCGUGCGAAAGCAUGAUCGCAAUCAGGGGCAUCUGUCAGUCCAGCCUCACGCCUAGCGACGGGAUCGACGUCCUGAAGAAGAUGGCCUCUCUCUCCGUCGUCGACCUUCUGAGGGUCGCUUCUCUCGUCGAAAAAAUUCACGACUUCGAGGGCUCGCAGGCGGCCGGCCGGUUUGUUGUGAACCGAGGGAUCGACAGCGUCCUGGACGAAAGGAAGCGUAUCUACAACGGACUUCCGGACUUGUUGACGCGCAUCGCUUACCAGGAGUUGGAUCGGCUCGACGACAGAAUCCCAGAGUGCCAAGUGGUGUACCUGCCGCAGAUUGGGUACUUGCUGACCCUGUCGCAACAAGACGUCGUCAGCGUAGACCUCCCGGCAUUGCAGUUCCUGUUUGCGUGCGACGACAAGAACUACUACAAGAGCGGAACUACGAAAACUUUGGACGGAAUCUUGGGAGACACAAUGUACGAGAUCAUCGACAGAGAAACCGAGAUAAUGUUCAAGGUGCAGAAAAUAAUCUUGGAGGUGGCGGGCACACUCAUUGACUCGGUGGCUGUCUGCGGGGAACUGGACGCGCUGCUGUCUUUGGCUUUGGUUGCCCAUGAGCGUGGCUACGUGAGGCCAAGCUUGAGCACCGAUCCCGUCAUCCAAAUUAAUGGAGGGAGGCACCCGUUGCUCGAGGUGACAACCAGUAGCUGCGUUCCCAAUUCUUACUCGAGCGGAGGUUCGCACGCGAAGAUCAAAGUACUCACGGGGCCGAACAACUGUGGGAAGAGCGUCUACCUGAAAACGGUUGCACUGAUCGUCUACAUGGCGCACAUUGGAAGCUACGUCCCGGCCGAAGCGGCUCUGAUCGGCCCGGUGGACAGCAUCCGAACGUGCAUGUCCGUCGACGAAUCCCUUCUGCACGGCCUGUCGUCCUUUGCACUGGACCUUCAACAGAUGUCGCAGAUUUAUCAAGGACGUGGAGAAAGGUCACUCGUCGUCUUGGACGAGUUUGGGAAGGGAACCAGAAGGGCGAAUGGUAUCGGGCUUUUGGUGGCCACGAUCGAGAGCUUCCUCGAAGACUCCGACCAGUGCCCCCAUGUGAUCCUGGCAACACACUUUCACCUGCUGCACGACAUUUUGCCAUCGUCACCCCUGCUGAGUCACCAGACGUUUGCCAGCCUUCACCACCAGGGGGAGAUGGUCUACCUGUACCAGCUGAUUGAAGGCCACGCCAGAGGAAGCUGCGCCGGAUUGGUCGCUUUGUCGGCCAACGUGGCAAGAGACGUCGUCCAGAGGCAGCAACAGAUCGUGAAAUCGCGCAGUGCCAACAGCAACAUCGGCGUUCUUCGUCUGGAGAGAAAGCAACACGACUGGACGGAGGUACAAGAGGCAGUCGACAUGUUGCUGAGUACCCGCCUGUCCACACCCGACGCAGGCGACGGACUUCUGCAACGACUCUUUAUUUGUACGACUCCGACUUGGCACCUGCAAGGACCCAUCCUGAGGUCGCCGCAAGAUUUCCGACCACAUCCACGUACCUCGGGCUGUUCGACGGGACCAUGAAGCAUCUCCGGGGUCGAGGUGAAGGGCAGCACCGUAC